GUUUUUUGCACAAUACUUCUUGUUCAUGGAAGCCCCUGUGGAGCUGAGCGAAACGCAAGAAGAUUCAGCCCAACUAUCAUCACUUCGUACCCGCCAGCUACUCAUCACACCAGGCGGCACUAAAUAUUGGAUACCACAAUGUGAGGAUGCACUUAGGCCCUUCAAAGGGAAGAUUUUUCACGGGCUUAACGAGGCAGUCGUUUUGUACAACACGUAUGCUUCUACGGUUGGGUUUGAUGUUAGGCACAGCACCUUGAUUAAAGCGAUUGAUAAGACGUAUGUUCGAGAGAGGGCCACAAGCAUCAUGCAGACGCAAUCCAAGCAAUGCACUCACGAAGAAGCAGGGUAUCGAACCGAGUGGGGUGUAAUGCCCGGAUUGUCCUUCGAGUUAACGGAUCAAACAACUAUAUUCUUAGAUACCCAUUAUUGGUUCAAAGAUUGGUUUGCCAAGAAAGAGUAUUGGAUACCGGCAUAUUUUAAAGAUGUCAGGAUGAGUAGGCUUAUGAGAACUACUUCU